AUGACCAAUGGUGGCAGCCUGCCCCCAUCUCCGCCUUCCUCUCUGAGGGAUCCCUCAGGUCCCUCCAUGCAGCACCUGGAGGAUGGCCACUAUCUCUGGCCUUCUCCAGCUGUGAAUGGUUCAUUGGAACUGGAGCCUCAAAGGCAGCUCCCAGAGAUGCUAGGUAAGGCCUGGGAACCACCUCGAGGUGAUGGGCUGCUGCUGCUCACUGUCAUCAUCGUUGCCUUCAUCCUACUAGCUGUCUGCAUCGUGGUGGCCGUCCACUUUAGGCCUAAGCUGUACCAGGGCCAUGCUACUCUCCUUACAGAGCCACCAGCCCUAAAGCCAGAGGGUGGCGUUUACCUCAUCCACUGGCAGCCGCUGGGUUCCCAGGACAGUCACGGAGAAACCCAGCAGGGACCUCCUGUCCCUGGCUCUGGCCUUGCCCUAGAUGGGCACAGGCCCAGCACUGAUGAAGUCACGUAUCUAUAG